CAGCCUCAUUGAGACCCGAGGGUUUGUUCCUUUUCACAUCUCGCAACUCGCGCUCAGAAGAAAAGCAUCUUGACAUAUUCACUCGUUCAAGUGGCCUUGUUAUACUAUUUCCCAUCAUAUACGCUCGCUACCAUAUCAUCCUUCACUCGCAAAAGAUCAUUGAGCCCAUUCUUAUAUCUGGAGCCUCCCACCAUUUCCACGAUUUCGCUUGGUCUGCAGCUGGCGUCGAUGGACUUCACCUCUUCAGUACUCACAACGUGAUGUGCUGCCUGUGGACGACCUGCAUUUUUCAUUACUCGAGUAUCGCCUAUGGUGGUCUUCUCCUCCUUUCCCUCGUUCUUCCGCGACAAUGCUCUGCUGCCAAUGCGCACCCCGAGCCAGUUGUCGCGACUACUACCACCAAUUUUCUGGGAUACGAUGGCGCCUGGUCUGCAGUUAGCAUCCGCGUGGGUACGCCUGAGCAAUGGCUGAGUGUCUUCCCGAGUACUCUGAGUCAAGAGACGUGGGUUGUCGGUCCUCUUGGAUGCGACGGAACUUCGACUUGCCAGAACAAAAGAGGAGGGCUUUUUUCGGCGAAUCAGUCAUCCACAUUCAUUCCGAAAGGAUACUUUGAGCUCAACACGGACGCGCAGCUAGGUACUGAUGGUUCUGGAUACUAUGGUCUCGAUACAAUCGCACUCGACGAUCGCGUAUCGGUUCCCGACCAGAUUCUCGCCCUCGUAAACUCCACCGAUCACUGGAUUGGGACAUUGGGUCUGGGUGUCCAACAGACUCGCUUCACUGGUGACAGGAACAAUCUCCCAUUUCUAUCAAGCCUAGUGCAGAAUGGUAGCUUCAUUCCUAGCCACAGCUAUGGAUAUACUGCGGGAGCCUCAUAUCGUGGGUGUUAACGUCCCAGAUCUUGUGGGAGGUACUAACAUCGUUGUAGGCCUCAAAGGCGUUCCGGCUUCCCUUACUCUGGGUGGUGUUGAUGCGAAUCGAUUUGUCGCCAAUGACUUGACAUUUACUCUGAGUGCCGAUUACGCUCCUGUAGUGGCCAUCAAUGCCAUAUCAGUCACUUCCUCGCCCUCGAACGGCGAAUCUUUGCCAUCUAACUGGAACUCCAACCCACAACAAUUAUUUCAUUCGAGCCAGGUAGAUUCGAGCUUGUUCACCAUAGACACGUCUACGCCUUUCCUCUGGCUUCCGGCGGCAGCUUGUGAUGCCUUCGCUGACUCCUUGAAUUUGACCUACGACGACAACCUCCAAUUGUACCUGUUUCCAGACGGCAACUCUUCAUCGCCAGAUAGACUUUCCGGUUGGAAUCUAACAUUUACCUUCGCUCUCAGCAAUCUGCCCGGAUCAUCCGAAGAGAUCAAGCUAACACUUCCCUACGAUGCUUUUAACCUCCAGUUGUCAUAUCCAUUCCCGAAACUCGACGCGGAUUUCUCAUCACCCCCGACCAACUACUUCCCAUUACGAAAAGCAGCAAAUUCAACUCAAUAUACCAUCGGACGAGCCUUUCUGCAGGAGACCUACUUGACAGUCGACUAUGAGCGCAACAAUUUCACCCUUUCACAAGCCGUCUUCAAUUUGGAUGCCGUUGGUAAUGUAAACCUACUAGCUAUUACACGACCAGCUGAUAGCAUCUUCCCGGGUCCUGAAUUAAAUGGCCACUCUGGGCUUUCCACCGGCGCCGCUGCAGGCAUUGGUGUAGGAUGUGCUGCGGUUGUCAUAAUAGCGGCCGUGUUGAUCUGGGUUUUCUGCUUCCGCAAACAAACUUCGAAAGAUGCAGACACUGCUGAGAAGCCGAAAAGGCGCAGUAUAUUCACCCGCUUACACAAGGGACCGGGAUCUAAGACUUCGGUUUCCGAGCUUUUGGGCGACAAGCGCCACCCUACUGAAGUUCCUGCCGAUACAUCAGCCACCAGAUUCGAACUGUCAGCCAAUACAGCAAUUGAGAUGCCAGCAGCGCCCGUGUCCCCGCAGUUCUACACAAGCAAUGUACAAGAAGGGCACAGAGGAUCAAUGCUGGUUAGAAACGACCCCAGACGGCCAGCGGAGCUCGAGAAUCAAGAUUCAACGACGAAGGCGGCCGAGGCAGCCAUGACUGAGCGGUCUAGCUCUCCUGUGCCACCUUAUUCACCUCCAGAAGCCAACAAUGGCCGCCUUAGCAGCAGCAUCAGUCCCAAUAGCCUACGGAACAGUCGGGCUUUUGGGACUGUUUCGUCUGGAGAGCAAGGAAUCAGUCCAAUUGGCGUAAGCAGCAAUGGACACUCGAGACAAUCAAGCAACAGCAAUAGCAGGUCACUCCCUAGUCCUGUGUCGCCCGAAACGACCUCCAGACCUCCACAAAACUUUUCAGGCAGCUCAGGCGAUAGUCCUCUAACCGAUACUAGUCGUUCCAGCCUGAUGGUACCGCAACUCAAUGGUCGUCCUCCAUCGCGAUCUCCAAGUACCGGCAGCAGAUUCGUUGAAGAAGGCUUAAGCACCGUGUCAGAAGAGCGAGCGUCAAGCCCUCCAGAAGGCCGUCCGAGCCCUAGAUUCAGCUGGGAAGAUUGAUUCUUCGUGCGCAGGUCGCAGCUAUCUAGUGCUGUUUAACGAUGCCAUGACCGAGAUGCCUUUAAUGCUGGGGGAAAGUCUGGAAUGGAUUUUUUUCUGUAGCAGACCUGUUGUUAUUGUAUUAAAAUGAGACGUUCUGGUGUAGCCCGUAAUGUUGAGUGAUCCUGUUGGAUGUUAAAUGUCAUUCAUUGUUA